AUGUCGACCUCGCUGCCUUCCAAGGCAUCCAACAACCUCCUCUCGGUCAACUUCAACCAAGACCACAGCUGCGUGGCAGUCGGGACGAGGAGGGGCUACUCGAUCACCAACUGCGAGCCAUUCGGCCGCGUCUACUCCAACCCUUCGGGACCCACGUCGCUCGUCGAGAUGCUCUUCUGCACCUCGCUCGUCGCGCUCGUCGCCACCUCCGACAGCGACCCCAAGUCCAACGCCAGCCCGAGGCGCCUCCAGAUUGUCAACACCAAGCGGCAGUCGGUCAUCUGCGAGCUACUCUUCCCCACCGCCAUCCUCGGCGUCAAGCUCAACCGCAGGAGGCUCGUCGUCGUCCUUGAACAGGAAAUCUACAUCUACGACAUCAGCAACAUGAAGCUCCUGCACACCAUCGAGACCAGCCCCAACCCCAUGGCGAUAUGCGCGCUGUCGCCGUCGUCGGACAACUGCUACCUCGCCUACCCGUCGCCGGUCCCUUCGCCCACAUCGCCAUUUGCCAACUCGUCGGCCAACUCGUCGUCGUCGGCGUCCGGCUCGUCGUCGUCGUCGCCCGGCGAUGUCCUCAUCUUUGACCUCCUCUCGCUCUCGGUGACCAACAUCAUCCAGGCGCACAAGUCGCCCAUCUCGGCGCUCGCGCUCAACUCGACGGGCACCAUGCUCGCCACCGCCUCGGACAAGGGCACCGUCAUCCGCGUCUUUUCGGUCCCUGCCGCGCAGAAGCUCUACCAGUUCCGGCGCGGCAGCUACCCGGCCCGCAUCUACAGCAUCAACUUCAACGCCGUCAGCACGCUCCUCUGCGUCAGCUCCGACACCGAGACCGUCCACAUCUUCAAGCUCGCUGCAGCUGGGGCCAAGGGCGCUGCAGGUGCCAAAGGGCCACCGGCGGGAGUAUCGACGCCGAGCAUCUCGAGCUACGAUGGUAGCGAGGCGGGCAGCCCGACGGGGAGCAGCAACGGGAGAAACGGAGGGUACGAGGCGUUCAUCGACGGCAAGAAGAAGAGCGGAGGUCUGAGUGGCACGCUCAAGAGGCGGUCGAUGGCGCUCGGGCGCGGCAUGGCAGGGUCAGUGGGAGGCUACCUGCCCAACACGCUGACCGAGAUGUGGGAGCCGAGCCGCGACUUUGCCUACCUCAAGCUGCCGUCCCAGGGCGUCAGCUCCGUCGUCGCCGUCAGCUCGACGACACCACAGGUCAUGGUCGUCACGUCCGAGGGCUACUUUUACUCGUACAACAUCGACCUCGAGCACGGCGGAGAGUGCACGCUGAUGAAGCAGUACUCGCUGCUGGAGAACGAAGAGAACGGCAACGGCGCCGAGGCCAGCGAAUGA